GGAGGAAUGGCUGCGUCUGGCGUGAGAGUCAGCUGUUCAGGCGCCGUUUUAUCUUCAUUACUCUACGAACAGUUAAGAAGUGGCCAUGCUCAAGAAGGCUUUUUGUUGGGGCAGGUGCAGAGUCACAUCAGUGAGCAUAUCAGUGACUCACAGAUCUGCAAUGAGAAAAUGGAAACCCUUAUUAAUGUCUCAUCAUUUCUACCAUGCACCAUGAUUGGAAGCUUUUACUCAGGUGCAGGUAUACUCAAUGAAGAGAAACUAAAUGCCUAUAUGGGUCCAAAAUUUAAGAAUGUGAUUGGCUGGUACCGUUGUCGAGGUUCAUCAUGUGAAGAUUUGUAUCUUCGUGAGGUGUUGGUGCAUAAACAGCUCGCAGCAGUUAUGUCACACACUGGAGGGCAUUUUAUUAUGGGCAUUAUGUCAUGUUCUCCAUCAGUAGAUGCUGGCACAUUUACUGUUUCCCAUAAAUUUAUGAUGCUUCAAAACAACCGUCUUGAAGGUGUCCCACUUCAGGUUGUCAAUAUGGGUGAUACAUCAACCACAGACUACCUCCUGAAGCCUCAGAAUCCUGCUUUAUACAGUUCGGUUGCUGUCCAGGAUGUCCUUUCCAAUAUUGAAAGUAAUGAACCAGGAGUACAGGAAGCAAAAACACUUCACGUGGGAUUAUUAGAGAAACUGGGAAUCCUAUUACCCAAGUUUUCCUCUGCCCAACAAGAGUUAGAGGACACCCUGAAGGAGGUAGUUGCUCUUCGGCACCUGUGUAAUCGCAACAACAUUUCACCAGACUUUAUUCCAAAAGCAUGCCAGUCAACCGAAGAUGAAAACCUUAUGGAUUUUGAAGAGAUCCCAGCAUCUCCAGCACCUGAAGAGUCCCAAGUUGUUAGAGGAAAGGUUAGAGGUACCUCCAGGGUUACAGUAAGAAGGAAGGGUUCCGGCAGAGGAAGAGGUGCCAAGGAUGAAAAGAUUACUUCUUCUGAUCCAUUUGGCUUUGUAGACAAGGAGAUGGAAAAACUUCAAGUCAAGGGCAGAGGUACCCAGUCAAAUAGAGUCAGCAGGUCAAGGACAAACACCCCAUCACCAGGUCGAGUGAUGACCAAGUCACAAGCAUCUAGUGCCUCUCAGGGGACACCCCCAAGACGCUCCUCGGUUCCCAUGGGAACAAGCAGUGGAAGCUCAUCACCUGCAGGCAAACGCUCUAAAGAAAACAGUCCAAUGCCUUCAGGAUCACAAGACAUUGGGAGAAAAGACAACCAAGAAGGGGGGCUGAAAGGAAGACCAAAAUCAAGCAAAGGGUUAACUCGAACAUCGUCAAAGGACAGUAAUUCUCCCUCAAGGAGUACGAGAGGAAGAAGCCCAACGCUUGCAGGUUCUGCCGGUAACAAGCCUGGUAAACCUAAAACUUUGUCAGAAAAGACUCCUUCUGACUCUCAGGAAUUUUGAACUUAACGAAAAUAAUAUACAACAUAUUUUUUGUCAUAUAUUAUAUGCUGUUUUCAGCUGGUUUAGAAUGUAAAUAGGUAAGGAAAUAUGAAUUGCAUUGUAAAGUGCCCUUUUAUAAGUAAGUCAGCUCUAAACCUUUCUGGAAGUGUCUUGAUAAAACAUUGUCCCUUAUUUAGAAAGGAAAAGCUCCCAGUAGUAAAAGAGUUAAAGCUUUUUUUGCCCUUUAUUUUCUUUUGUUUUUUUUACAUAAUACAUACUUUUGUGAUCAUAGAAGGGAAAGUCUUAGAUUGGGUGCAUCAAAAGAAGAUUUGUGGAGAGCUCUUCAAAGAUUUAUGGAGGUUGCUAUUUACUAGAUAGACUUCAUGAUUUCUACCACUAAAUUUUAUGUCUUUGUUAAAUUUGAUGCCAAGUUACCACUUAGUAAGGAUGUUAAAAGUGCAUUUGACAAUAUCAGUAACCAGAAGUAAAUGUUGCAUUUCAUUAAUUUUUGUAAUGUUACAGUAAAAGCUCAGAAUAAGCAGACUAGUUAUAUAUGUCAUUAUAUCAGUGACAAUAAUGAAGUUAAAUACACAUACAUUAAUACCCUCAUGCAUUAAUAUAUCCUUUUAGAAGUUCACAAAUUAUUGAUUUGUUGAGUUUUUCUAUGUUCUUUUUAUGGUGCUUGACUGGAAUAUUCUCAAGGAUGUACCAAGGAAUUCAGAAUAAUCAUUAUAGUAAAAUAGAGAUAUGUAUCAGAAAUGCUUCAGAGUUUUCAACAGUGUUUAACAUGAAAAUGAUACUAGUGAUAAAAACUUCACAAAUUAGACUUGUUAAUAAAAAAAUAAUAAGUUAACAUGUGAAUUAUUUGUAUAUACAGAAAAUCUGUUGUACAUACAGAAUGUUAUAACAGAUGAUCUCAUUAGCAUUUUUAAAAUUAUAGUUUCUGUUUCUUUACCUUUAUAUCUGUAUAUCAGCUGUGGACUUAGUAAAACAAUCACCGUUUCAGUCUCACUCAUAUAAUACAGCCCAUAUAUCACACAUGAACAAACAGUGGAGCUUUUGCUGUAGUAUCUACAAGUACAGUAUAUAUAAACUUUCAGGAUGUAUAAGACAACUAAUAACUUAGUACAUAUCACCAAUCAAAGUAUUAUUUCCUAGUCAUUUCUUUGGUACAUAUGCAAGCUUAUAUAUAGAUGGUUAAUAUUAAAAAAUGUGAUACUAAGUUAGAUUUUUCCACAAUUUUUCUACCAAAACUCCUAGUGUCUUGUAUUUGCAGGUGUCGAAGAUUAUAUUUCAAUAUUUCAGAAGAAACUUUUCCUUUUAUUUAGAAAAAGAAAUCACACGUAGAAAAAAUUGAUUUACGAGGUUGGUUUAUUGUAAAAUAAGUAAUAUUUCCCCCUAAUGUGAUACUUCAGAAUUUAGAUAGUUUAUGUUUAAUUGAUAUGAUGAGGAAAAAAAUACAGCAAAAUGAGUUUAAUCAAAAAUAUAAAUGACAGGAUUUAGUAGUGCUCCAGAAGUAAAUAGCAGGAAAAAAAAUAAUAAUCUUUUUAUAAGAUAUAAAUAAAUCAGAAAGUGUAUAUAAAUACUUUGAGUUCCUCAUGUUUCCAAGUCGAGUUUGUAGUCCACAAAGAAUGUUGACAAAUAUUUUUCGUAAGCUAUUAUUGAGUAUUUGUUGUAGUUUUAUAUAUUUGGGUCUAAAGUUGAUAUGCUAAAAUUCAAUUGUUUUAGUUUUGGAGGAGAGCAUACAUCACAUUAUUAACUUAUUGCAUGAUAUACAAUUACACAAAAUUCCAUGAUUCUAAUAGCAAGUAUUGUUAUUUACUUCUGAUAAAUGCAUGUGUGUGCAAGGUUGCGUAAGAGUGAGUGACAGUGGGAUGGAUUUAUACUAGUUACCAAAAUGUUAUCACAUCAAAAGUGGAAAUUUCACCAUAUUUUUCAGUCUUCCUCUAUUCUUAUUAGAAAUAAUUUAUGCACAUUUUUCCUUUUUUUUCAAACAACUAUAAAGUUACAAACACUAAGGUAAAGGCUGAAGUGGUAAUAAGCUGUUGUAGUAUUGCCCUCAUGAUUUUGUAAUGUAGGUUAUUUAUUACAAUAAACUUUGUAAUAUUUUCUAUUAUUCUAUAAUUAUUUACAUGAAAUUAACAUUGAAUGGAGAUUCAUAAUGUUACCGCUGAUUGAAUUUGUUAUUUAUUGUAAUUUGCCAUGUGUAGAUGCUCCAAAAUUCUUAUCUGAAUAUUCAGAUUUUCUGUUAUUUUCAAAAUACAUUUAGUAAUGUUUACACUACCAGAUGAAGUUUAACCCCCUGGUAGAGGGGUACUUCUAUGGACAUGAUAGCUGACAGAUACAGGGCUUUGUUCACCCUGUCAACUUCCCACAUAAAAUUCUCAGCUGUACCCAUGGAAUAUGGAAAUGUCAAAAGACGUGUCCUAGUAUCUGUCGGCUACAUAUCCACAGGUAAGUUGCACGAUGCCUGGUGUCUAGAGGUUAAGAUUCACAGUAUGCUUGUGAGAUAUGACAAAUUUGGUUUGUAAUUUUGUUUCCUUGUUUUCAUUUUAUGAUGUAAAAUAUUUAGAAAUGAAAAAUUAUUUUCCCUUUCUACAAACACGUUUUAUAUUGUAGUAAUGCCCACCUUAUAAUAAACUUUUUAAAAUGUU